GUGGAAUGGCAGUAAGGGUGUGUGUGAGGGUUCGGGGUCACAAGGUGCACACACGCGACGCCGGGACGCGAGCUACUCCAGUCUCUCUUCGCCGCCCACCUCCCCCACCCCCACACGCUCCUCAGUGGACUCCCUGGACAGCCUCCUCUCCCACUCCAGCAUCCAGUCCGCUGCAUUCUGGCAACCCAGGGCGGUGACCAGCGCCGCAAGAUUGACUCCCUCCCCUGCCACUCCUGGUCCUCCUGUCCCUCUAACCCCCAUAUCUUCCUCCCAUAGUCUACCCAUCCCCACCCCGGCUCCAGGCCAGGAGCUCAGUCCCAAUAUCUCCCCGCCGAAGGAGAUCCCUUCCUGGGGUAUGCUGAAGGGCUGCAGGGGGCUYCAUCCCAACACCUGGUUGAAGAGAGGCCGCAGACUGUCGCUGUCGCAGCAGGAGGAUGAGGGGGGUGUGGUGGGUUCCACUAACAAGACUCUCCCCACUAGCAAGUCAUGUCAGGAUAAAGGAGGGCUGAAACAGUCGUAUGAGGACCCCCCCAAGUCCAGCCUGGCCAGAUGCCCCCCAAAGGCAGGAGGGGUGCAGGAUUGCGGCAGGGUGACCAAGGACCGAAGAUCCAGUCAAUGCUCGGUGAGCCCACCAUCGCGCCAGAGGUCCCAGGAGCAUUUCCACUCCUGCCGCUCUCCCUGCUACCAACCAACAGACAGACCCCUCACUGUCAAAGARCUGAGAGAGAUACACAGCMGGGCCUGCGCAGCAAGCAACACAGGAUAUGACGUCACAAACCAGGGCAGCCGUAYCCCUCCCCAACAUGUGUUCUUUGGGCAGGGUGGACCCAGCUUGUCCCUAGCCAGGCAGAAGUCCCACUCCCUAGCCCCAGGCAUGGAGGGUCUCUCCGGGGGCAGGUGUUCCCAGCGCCGGAGCUCCGAGCCUGGGGCAGCACAUCUAGGUGAAGCCCUGGUUCUGAAUAAGGCCUCACAUCCGGAGAGGCUUCACAGAGAGGCCAAACUGGGUCAGAGGUCAAAGUCAGUGGACGGGUCCCAAGACCUGGGGUUGAAGGUGUCUGACACGGACCAAAGCGGGGCUCUGAAGUUUUGCCUGUCUCCCUCUGCCACCAAGGCUGUGAGGGACUAUUUCUCGUCUCACACGCGCAGCAAUCCCCAUAGUGGUCAGCAGGUGGCGCUAGCCCUGAUUCAGGGGCAGAGGGAGCGGCUCAGGAGGUGUAGUGAUCCCAUGCUGGAGCCUGACUUUGACCAACUGCUCUUUGCUGAAGAGUCCUACGUGUGAGACCAUCACUGGUUGGGAACAGUCACACUAAUGCUUCUACAUUCUACAUACAGCUGUGAAUGUACAGGUAGAGUCAUUUAGGRCCAUAACAGAACCAAAACAUAGCGCUUAUGAGAGUCACAGAUAUAACAACCUGCUUAUUGUGGACAAACAUUCCUAUACUUACAAUGCACUUUGCUUUUCAGAAUCAAUUGGUAAUAAGACUCUUAUAUAUUAUUAUAGAUUCUACUAAAAGAGCUCACUGAAGUGAAUGUAUCAUGUACAUAUUAGGACUAGCGAGGGAAGAGUAGUUUCAGAUUAUGUAAUGUGUCGUUUUAGAUCGCAGAAGUGAACAAAUGUACUUYAGGGAUCAGGCUAUUUGGUUGGAUUACAUGUGAGAUUAUUCACAGGGACCCUUGCAGUGAACUGCCUAUGAUCAGUAUAAGAUUACUAAAACAUUUACUUCUAAACAAAAAUUCCUUACUAAACAGUGUCAGCGAGGCUGUGAUUUUGCAUUGACAGUAUUUUGUAAAUAACAUAGACGAUCUUGACUGCCAAUGAAUCAAUGUUGAUAAUGACAAAGCAAAGUGCUUUAAGCUUACAGCUGUAGUGUUUCCUCAAAAGAUUUCUAAAACUCUGUAUUUCAAUCUGUACUGUAUAUGUGGCAGGAUGUCUGUGUGUCUGAGAGAUGUUCUCUAUUCACUCUGUAUCSCUGAAGAGUUACUGAUUCUGCGAUCGAAAUGUGAAGGUCAUUUCUGAUUGAGCUGACAUACAGUAUGCAGCGUUUAGCGUGAAUGCAGUCGUCGGUAAAGCGAGACCGUUGCCUUUAAAUUUCAAUCACGCUGUAAAGUUGAACUUCCACAAUGCGGAUUGAAUAGAGCCCUAUGUUUGUAUCGAUGUAUUUGUGUCUGAGAAGUAUACAUGAAUUAUAUCAUCUGCACGGUAAAUUUACAGCAUAUGCAGUAUGAUUGUUCGCUUAUUUUCUACAUUUGAAGGUAUUCAUUUCAUACUAAUUGCUGCCAAUUGUGUUAUGUGCAUUUUCACAUAGCUUUCUACACCCUAAAUCGUGCUUUGUUCUCUUUGUAUUUGUGCCCAUAGGAUGCUUUAUAAUGUUUAAAGUGUACACGCUGUGCUGUAUUGAGAUUGUACAAGCUGGCAGAUACCGCCGCUGCUUUAAUAAACUGGCUACUACACUCGUUUGAUGUGUAACGCAUAAGAUAAUCAGAUCAUCAAAUAAAACAAACCACCUUGGCUAGUAAGACUAA